AUGCAAAGCUUAGGAUAUAUAGCAGCUGGUGGAACGGAUGGCACUUUGAAAUUGUUGAAACUUGCUGACACGCAGCAACGUGGCCCGACUGGACCUGCCACUCACCUGGCAAUUAAUCAAAAUCUUGAUGGACAUAGUGGCAUCGUUUACAUAGCAAAAUGGAAUGAAAUUUAUCAAAAGCUAACGACAAGUGACAGUAAUGGCCUAAUAAUUGUCUGGCUAACGCGUCAUGAUAGCUGGUACGAGGAGAUGAUUAAUAAUCGAAAUAAAUCGAUAGUAAUUGACAUGGUUUGGAGCCAUAAUGGAACCAAAAUCGUUAUUGCCUAUGAAGAUGGACAAAUCAUUGUCGGUUCAGUGAGUGGUAACAGAUUAUGGAGCAAAGAUAUUUCUGGAAAUAUAGCAGCAUGGUCGGCCAAUUCAUCGUUAUUACUCUUUGGAAUGUCAGAUGGUGAAGUUCAUGUUUAUGACGGAACUGGUUUAUUCAUUCAAAAGGUCCAUAUGGUAUGUUUGGAGGAAGUCGAACUUGAAACUGCAUUGUCAAAAGAUUUAAGACGAGAUACCAUUGUUUCUAUGGAAUGGUUAUCAUCUGCAAUGACUUCUAAAUUGGUAGAUGAACGAAUUUGCGACCAAACAGGCAUAUCCACAUCCUCUGAAACAGUUCCUUCAUUAUGUGAAAAUAUUUCUGAAAAUAAGCCGAGACUUCAUAUUGCUUAUAAACAUGGGGUUAUUCAACUUAUGAGAAAUGAAAAUGAUACGAAUCCAAUAGUAGUCAAAUUGCCAAAUAUGAUGAUAAAUAAAGCACGUUGGAAUCCAAGCGGUGAUUUAUUAGCGAUUUGUGGUAUACAAACUGAUUUAAAUUGCGAUAAAUGUGUUGUUCAUUUUAUAAGUGCUUAUGGUGAAAGCCAAAAUGUGCUACAAAUACCCGGCGAAACGAUAACCGAUCUUUCAUGGGAAGCUGGAGGAUUGCGAAUUUGCAUGGCUGCUGAUUCUCAUCUUUUUUUCGCUAAUAUUCGCCCAAAUUAUAAAUGGACAUAUUGUGGUCAAACAAUCGUCUAUAGUUAUGAGAAAGAUGGAAAAGAAGAUAAUUAUGUUGCUUUUUUCGAAACGAAAUUAGAGGAAACCUAUAAGAAAUACGUUGGGCAUCUGAUUGGUAUUGGUUCUUACGAUGAACAUUGCGUAAUUGUGAAUUCUAAACUUAUAAAUUUGGAAGCAAAAUAUGUAACGAUGAACGCAUCAUUCAUUUUGGUUGCAAGUAAUAACGCAUUUAUGGUGACUCGAUAUGUUAUACCAAGUUCUUCACUUCGUGAUAAACAAGCAUCUGCCAGCAGUAAUGAUGAACUUGUAUACAAUGUUGACGAAGCCAGAUCGUCAGAUCCACGAAUCAAAUCUCUGUGCAGAGAAUCAGGAAUCGUUCAGCGAUAUUCACUUCCGCAAAUCGUACUCUUAGGCGCUUUUAGCAUUGGAUUGCAUGCAAAAAAAAUCGAACUGAAUUGCAAUGGAACCCGACUUGCUGCUCUUUCAUCUUCAGGAUUGAAACUUUUCGAACUUACUGAAAAUAAAAUUGUAUCUGGGAAUUUUGAACGCAAGGAUAUAUGGAAUUUCAAAUGGGAUUCGGAUAAGGAUGAUUCGAUAGCAGUCUUGGAAAAAUCACGUCUGUACGUGGUGCGAAAUGCAGAAACUGAAGAGUCAACCAUCAACAAUGGUUAUAUAGGUUCAUUUCGAAACUUAACAAUACGAACCAUUCUUCUGGACGAAAUUAUGAAGAAUCCUGAAACGCCUCACAAAUCAUGCAUAGUUGACGUCGAAAUCAAGUCUCUUCGUGAUGCUAAAAAUUUGCUAGAGAAAAUGAAAAUUCAAGAAGCAGCUGCUUAUAUCGAAAAGAAGAACCAUCCUAAGCUGUGGGCAUUGUUGGCUGAAGUUGCUUUAAAUCAACUCAAUCUUGAAACUGCUGAACAUGCUUUCGUAAUGCUCAAGGAUUAUGGUGGCAUACAAUUCAUAAAACGCAUUAAAGCCAUUCAAAAUGACGAUUUUAAAAGAGCGGAAAUUGCAAUUUUUUAUGGAAAAGUGGAAGAAGCGGAAAAAAUUUACAUGGAAAAUGAUCGAAGAGAUCUCGCAAUUGCUGCUCAUCAAAAAUUGAACAAUUGGUUUCGUAUAAUGGAAAUCGUCCAAAGGCGAACCGAACCAGGCGAUGAUGAGCUCUUGAAGAAAGCUUGGAACCAUGUUGGCGAUUAUUACGCUGAGAGACAAAAUUGGUCAAAGGCCUCAAAAUAUUUCGAGAAUUGCGAAAAUUAUGAAAAAUUAGCGCAAUGCCAUUUAAUGAAUGAGGAUUAUGACGGCCUAGAAUUUCUUGCGAAAUUAUUACCGGAUGAACAUAAUUUAUUAAUGUGUGGCAAGGUAAACGAUGCUUUGGAUAUUUGCGUACAAUUAAAUCAAUGGGACUAUGCCGUACAAUUAUCGAAAAUCCAUCAUCUAAGAGAUAUCGAUUCACUUCUUGGCAAAUAUGCGGAACAAUUUGCUGGAAGCAAUGAAAGAACAUUGGCUGUAGUGCAAUUAUAUCGACGAGCCGGACGUUUCCUCGAUGCAGCAAGAACGAUUUUUAAUAUUGCAAAUGAUGAACGCAGUAAACAAGCCCAGCCACUUCGCCUCAAAAAACUCUAUGUUCUUGGGGCACUUCUUGUUGAAGAAUAUCAUGAACAGAGCAAAGCAGAAAUAACCAAAGAAAUAAAAAAUGGAUCAAAGGCUGAAAUUUCACUAAAAGGUUUAUUGGAAGAUGAUAAAAAAUUAUCAAUGGCAGAUACGUCUCUUAUUGAUAAUGCUUGGCGUGGUGCUGAAGCUUAUCAUUUUUAUAUGCUUGCACAGCGUCAAUUAUUUAGUGCACUUACUAGCUGUAUGGCUCGACAAUUCGCUGUUUGCAGUCGCGCUUUUAUAAAACUCGAAUCGUUGAUUAAUAUUUCAUCUCAGGAAAGAGAGGCCUAUAGUAAACUCGCACUCAAUAUUUUUAUAAAGUAUUCUCCAGUGAAUACUCAUGUAACAAAGGUGGAAUGUACAGGUUGCAAUGAACUUAUUCCGGAUUUUUGCCAAGUUUGUCCAUCUUGCGAUACAAAAUUUCCAAUUUGCAUUGUUACUGGAAGACCACUUUUAGAUUUUCAAUUUUGGUUAUGUCCAACAUGCAAACAUCGCGCUUAUGAACAAGAAAUAAUGUCGUUUCGUUUUUGCCCUCUUUGUCAUGCAGACAUAUAA